AAAUAUGUUACGUAAAAAAAUGCUGUUUUUCGUCACUUUAUUAAAUAAAACGUCAUUAGUAGGCUCAGUACCUGGUAUGACUUCGGUCCGUGAUGUAGUCAUAAGUGAUACCAGACACCCUGCUCUCGAUGCACUUGUUUAAAUGAAUUAUUAAGUAUUAAUUGCGAUCAAUGCAUUCUUUUAAUAUUAACAAUAAAUAUAUAUUUUGUGUUAAUAUUUAUUAUAUUUUCCAAAAUGUAAAUAAUAUAUUUUGAGUGAAAGCACUAUUACACAAGAAGUAAAACGAAUAUAAGAAUGGUGUAUUUACAUUUCCCUACUAACUUAACAGAAGAAGAGCUAAUGCUUCAGAAUAAAUAUCAAAAACUAAGAAAAAAAAAAAAAGCAUUACAAGUUCAAAAAACUCCGCGGCCUGAACCAGAGCCUUCACCUAUUUUAAAUCCUAAGAGACCUAAAGAAACUGCUCGCGAUGCUCGAGAAAUAGCUAGAAAACUCUUGAAAUCUGGAGCUAUUGGACCUAUUAAAAAAGUGCCUAACCGAACAGAUCAAGAGUCUUUCAAAAGACCUUGUGGCAUGGAAAGAAAAAUAUUAUCAUCACCACAGACUUUAACUAGUUAUCAACCUUUUUCAGCAUCAUCACCAAUCAAAAGUGAUCCCGUUGAAAAUUCACCAAAACCUACUACUAAAUUUUCAAAUUUGUAUGAUAACUUUGUUUCAUCAACAUCAAAAAUGACUGUACCAGUUAUACAAAAUUCCCCAGAACAUAUUUCCGAAACUCCUCGAAAAGGUAUCACUAUAUUUGUUGGUGGUAGUAGUUCUUUGACUGAAGAAUUCCUGAGAAGUACAUUUAGUAAAUUUGGAACGAUUAUUAAUAUUUCUAUGGAAAUAGAAAAAAAUCGAGGAUUUAUAACAUUUAACUCAUCUGAUAUAGCAGAAAAGGCUGUAGCUCAAAUGAAUAGUACAACAGUAUCUGGAAUUAAAUUAAAAGUAUCAAUAUCUCGUAACCAACCAAUAGAAUGCAAUGAAAAAGGUGUUAAUGCAUGGCAUGCAAUUGCUACUAAUAAAUCACAAAAAGGAAACCAACGCGAUGACCGUUCACUAGUGUCAUAUGAUGAUAUCAAUUUAUUUUAAAUAAUUUUUUAACUCUAUUUGUAUUUAAUAAUAUUAUUAUGGUGAUAAUAUAUGUAUUAAUAUGGUGACAAU